UUGUGAAUGAGCAUCUACUCCCCCACCAGACACAAAAAACAGUGAUACAGAGACCCACAUAUAAAAACCCACCAUUUAUAUUCUUCCAUAUAUAUAUUUCAAUUACAAUACAAUACAUAUAUACAUAAAUACAAACUCUCUCUCAAUUUUUUACAUUUUCUUUUCCAAUCUUCACAAAACCUCAUCUUUUUCUUUCUCUCUCUUCAAAUUUGAAAGUCGACAUGAGUGACGACGAUUGGGUAAAGCUUGCCAUGAACGACGACGUCACCGUCGCCGACCUUCUUUUCCGUUUAAGAAAAGCUGGAUACGAACGCCGUCGCCGACCUCCACCACCGAGACAACCCUCUCCUCCUUUGAAGCUUUAUUGGAGCGUGAGACAGAGACGGUCUUCGAAGCCUAUUGUGAAGAAGAAAAGUGAUUCAACCAGAGCUAGCCCUACCACACCGCUUUCGUGGAGCGGUGCCACCUCUGUCAGCGGCGGCGGCUGUGCCAUCGACGGCUUUGAGGAGUCCAGUAAGCCGUCUAAGCUUACCGGCGGCGCGAGAUCUAAGGUUUCUUCUGUCAAAGGUGAACCCACUACUUCCAAGAGACCAAGAAAGAAGAAGACAUUAGCUGAACUUAAAGAGGAGGAGACUUUGCUAUUGAGGGAAAGGAAAAAGUUGAAAACUGAAAUUGCAACCAUGCUUCUCAAUAUUGAGAAACAAAAAGCCACAAAAGAAAACUUCAACAGAUUUAAGCUUCAAUUGGAUUCUCCACAAAAAGUUAAGACAGAAAUUAGUUACCGAGCAGAACAAGUAGACGCUAUAGCAGUUAGUAAACACGGUUCAAUCUCGCAGCAAACAGAGGCGGAUCAACGCAAUCAGCUUGUUGCUCAACCACAUCCGCCACAAGACGUAGAAGAAUUAGAAAAUGAGAAAGAAACUGGGUUUUGCUUGCCUGAUCUAAAUCUCCCAGCUGACACUGAUUUCAGCUCUUCUGGUGGGGUAGUGUUAUAUGGAAUAAGCUGAAAAGAAGCAAAGAUUUUUAAUAUAGAAUCAGAUGCAUACUGAUAUUAGUUUAUUUGGUUAUAUUUUUUAUUUUAUUUUAUUUUUCUUUCUUUAAUCUAAUUAUGGGGAUGAAGAUUGAAGAUUGAAGAUCUUCAAGGGACAUUUACACUUAUUAAGGUAGAAAAUCCUUUCAUCCUAACUUUGUUUUAAUUUUUCUCAUUUCUUUGUUUUUUUUUUCUCUUAGGUUGAGCAAUUGUAAUUGUAAAGUAGAAAAAACAAAUUACUACAACAUUUGUUUUACUUUGGUUUCUUUUUUUUUUUUUUUGGUCCUACAUACUGAGAAGGAUAGCUUAGGUAUCCUAACCAUUAGUUCAAUAUAGUUCUCAUUAUUCAUUAUA